AUGCCCAAAGCCUCGGGAUACAAGCAAGAGCAGCGCGAAGCCUACCGCCAGAACAAAGAGCGAAAUGGCGGCGCACAACUCCCCCAGAAGCGGUUUUAUCGACAGCGCGCACAUGCAAAUCCCUUCUCGGAUCACUGUUUAGAAUACCCGGCAGCUCCCGAUCAAAUGGAUUGGGCCCCAUACUUCCCAGCAUUUGUUGACCAGUCUGAGUCCAAUGACCCGUCUAAGCCAAAGCCCCUCACAAAAGAUAUCGAGGUUGUUGACAUUGGCUGUGGGUUUGGCGGGCUCUUGGUCGCAUUGGCGCCUCUCAUGCCAGAGACGCUUAUGCUCGGCCUUGAAAUCCGAUCAACUGUGUCUGAUUUCGUCAAGGAGAAGAUCUUGGCGCUCCGGGCUCAGAACCCAGGUGGUCCUUACCAGAAUGCAGCCUGUCUACGGGCGAACACUAUGAAGUUUCUCCCAAAUUUCUUCAAGAGAGCUCAGCUGAGCAAGGUCUUCAUCUGCUUCCCAGACCCGCACUUCAAGAACCGCAAACACAAGGCGAGAAUUGUAUCAUCGACGUUGAAUUCUGAAUAUGCCUAUGCCGUAAGGCCUGGUGGCAUAAUCUAUACCAUUACUGAUGUAGAGGCUCUUCACCAUUGGAUGGUUGAGCAUCUGGAUGCGCACCCUCUGUUUGAGAGAAUCUCGGAGGAGGAACAGGAAAAAGACGAGUGCGUACAAGUGAUGAGAACGGAAACCGAGGAGGGAAAGAAGGUUGCACGGAACAAAGGCGACAAAUUCGUCGCGCUCUUCCGGCGCCUGGAAGACCCUCCUUGGCAAUACGCGGCUCGCUCCCCGUGGACCCUCUCUUCGCACCCCGACAACGAUGCGCCCGAGAAGCUCAUACUGGCUAUGGCCCUAAAGCGACGAGAUGCGGCGCUCGCAGCUGUGGCCGCCUUCAUUGCGUGGGGGUACGCUGUUAGCUGGCUCCCGGCCCUGCGUUGGGUUUGGUAUGCAUUUGUCGCAGGUCUUGUCGUCUCUGUCCUCGCCUUUCUGGCCUUAAUCGGCCUCACCUCUCGCCUCCCGCCAGAGGCCAAGCCUCGACCCGAUGGCGUCAAGUUCAUGGGAUCAAGCGCCUGGCGCACCGAACUUGAUGGCUUGCGAGAACGGCAGCUGUACACAAAAGCCUCCCUGGACCUCGAAGCGCCCCUCGUGUCUAAAGCGGUCGACGAUCUCCUCGAGUUAAUAAUGCGAGACUUUGUAUGUAGCUGGUACUCGAACAUUAGUCCUAAUCCAGUGUUCCCGAACGAAGUAGAUCGAGCCAUCCGAAUGGCAUUGUUUGGCCUACGGGAUUCGCUACGAAAUAAAGACUUCGCCGAAUUGAUAACUAGUCGCAUUGUUCCAAUACUCACGGCACAUUUCCGAGACUUCUAUGAUGCAGAGAAAGCUGUUCGAGGGCGCAAGCUCAACCGAUCCGUCACAGAAUCAGAGGAGCUCGACCUUGCGAUUGCAUCCAAGUUUCGAGAAGGACGGCUGCACCCCGCUGCUUCGCUCUCUUUCCCCGAUCUCAAGAUGAUCCAGCAGGACUAUCUUCGAAAUGUUGUUACAAAUAUUCUCCCCAAGAUCCUCCCACCGGAGAUGCUCACGAGCCGAGUUGUGUCUGUCCUCGUCCAGGAGAUAGUAAGCUGUUCUGUGCUCUCGCCUGUUCUCCAGACGCUAUCUGAGCCGGAUACUUGGAACCAAAUAAUGGAAAACUUUGGUCGGUCGAUGCUUCAAGACAGGUCCACUGUCCGAAAACUGAGAGCUGCUCUGGAUCAGCACGCCGUGCCAAGCCCAAAAUCGGGCAAGACAGCUAUGUCGACACCUAGGAUCAUGCCAGGGGAUAGUGAACGCAAGUUUGAAAAGUUCAUCCGAAGCAUCCGGAAAGUCAACAAUCUCUCAGACGCUCGGCGCUUCCGAAGCGAAGUUGCUAGCCAACUGAAGAGGGACUCCCAGGAAGAGACAUCGGAUCAAGUGUACUUGCGUCGACUUGAAAUGGGAAAGCGGCUGCUAGAUCAAAAAGUCCACCACUUUUCUACUGGAGGGGGAGAUCGGAUGCCCGCCACCCCGGCAACUCCUUUUGUCCCUGCUUCGACAUCUCACCUUGAGGAUGCAUCUCUGGUAGAGCUUCUCAGGGACUCUUCCGCUAUUUCCUACUUCAUGGAGUAUAUGGAUAGACAAGGGCUGAUGUCUCUAGUUCAAUUCUGGCUGGUCGUUGAUGGUCUGCGGAAUCCCCUGGAGGAUGAUGGUCAAGAUGAUGAACAACUGCCUUCCACACUCUCCAUGUGGAAAGACUCGGAUCGCCUAGAUCUCCAGCAAAUCAGCCAGGCCUAUCUAUCGAAAUCGGAGCUGAAGGUGUCGGAUGCCUCCAAAAAUGAGGUACGGGAGUUCCUCAAGGCAGGCAAAGCUGCCACACCUACGCAAUACUACAGAGCUCGGAGAGCAGUUCUUAAAGCCCAGAGCACGGUUUUGGAAGAGAUGAAGAACCGCUUUUUCCAAAGUUUCAAGAAGUCCGACUUAUUUUACAAGUGUCUCGCCUCUCAAGAGGCGUCCAACCAUAAAACCCUAACAACUCCUAUCCACCCACCAAAUCCUAGAGCUUCCCAGUCCUUCCACUCCAAACCCAAGCCGAUCUCCCGUCUAGCUCCACCACUAAAUCCGGGCGCGAGACGAACUGGGUCGGCCCAAGAUCUCCGGGCUUUGCAUGCGAAUGCAACUGGAUCGGACGCUUCAAAACCGACACGAAGAUCCCUUGACGAGAGCCCCCCUAGCACUCUGCCUCUAUUUGACGAUGAUGACUUGGAACACGACGAAAUGAUGGACUCGGUACAGAGCUUGGAUCAAAAUGGUCAUGCUCAAAAUGCCCCUGACACGCAGGUGGUACAAGCUGUUGAGGCAGCUCUCACUAACAUUCUGGAGGACGAUCGGCCUCAAACGGCGGAAGAUCUUCGAGCCUCCCUCUUCGGAGGAUCAGAAGAUCUCGCUUCCUCAAGUCUAUUUUCGGGAAAUGAUAACGAGUCGUAUCGUGGUUCAAUCGAUUCCGGAAGGCCAUUAAUAUUCGCCAAGGAUGGGAAAGAACCUGAGAAGCCAAGUCUUUCUUCUCUUGGUCUGGUCAGCCCAGCCUCGCGUAUCGGGGUUUUUGUCGAUGAUGACUUGUUUGGCGACGAGGACAAAUACCUCUCCCAUGGAGACGACGAGGACGAUGAUAAGGAUCGGGUUGACGAAGAAGACGAGGUUCAUGAGGCAGCUCCUGGUGACCUUGGGCUUGCCGAGGCUAUUGCCGCUCUUACAAACGAUAUCGACCGCUUGACAGCACAGGAAGCAGUUGUGGAUUCCCUCACAAGAAAGGCAGAAUUGACCAACAAUACGGCAGAGCUACGCAUUUUGAAAAAGUCAAAGGCAAGCUUGCAGAGAGAAAUUAGAAGAAAAGAAUUGCAGCGACAGCAAUAUGUCGUCCAAGAAAGUGACAACAGUCUCUUUGGCCGGUCAGUUAUCAAGAUCAAGAGCAUCCAGGUAGGGAGGGAAGAUGACGGAAGGGAAUUUGCCCUUUAUGUCGUUGAGGUGCAGCGGAAUGCUGGCGAACAGAUGCCGGCAGCUUCUUGGACUGUCACACGACGGUACAGCGAAUUCCACGAACUUCACCAGAAAUUGCGGUCCCGGUAUCCGUCAGUGAGGAAUCUUGAUUUCCCACGGCGCCGUAUGGUCAUGAAGUUUCAGAGCGAAUUUCUACGAAAGAGGCGACUUGCGCUAGAGAAGUACUUGCACGAGCUUCUGCUGCUUCCCGAGGUGUGCCGCAGUCGGGAUUUACGAGCCUUCCUCUCCCAGAGCGUCAUUGCACCUGGACAAGACUUGCUAGACAGAGAAGACAAGAAGGAUAUGAUGACAAGGCUAUACGAUUCAGUUGCAGACGGCAUGGACGAUAUUCUGGGCAACAUCCCGGUGCUAGACCAAAUCUCAGUCGCCGGGCAAAACCUCAUUGCCGCUGCAACCAGCCAGCUCAAUGCUGCGCCGCUGAAUGGGAACGAAGACAACUUCCCUGCGGCGGAGGCUGAAGCAGAACUGAAUGCGUUCGAAAAUAAAGAGCUCGAGCCGUUCAUCAAGCCCAUCUGUGAUAUCUUCCUGGAGGUCUUUGAGUUGAAUAAGGGCAACAACUGGCUACGGGGGAGAGCGGCUGUCGUGGUGCUCCAGCAACUACUAGGUGGAACCAUCGAGCGCAAGGUACGAGACAUCGUUAAGAUGUCAGUCCAAGAGGAGAAUCUCUUGAAAUAUCUGGGCAUGCUUCAGGGCAAUUUGUGGCCAGCAGGAGAGCUCAAUCGAAACCGAAAGCCCAGAACCUCGGCUGAAAAGAAGAAGACAAGAACGGAAGCCAGCUUAAUGUUGGCGACUCUUGUGCCUGAUCUGGCCGGGAGCGUGGUUGGUAGAGCCAAUGCCCAAGUUGCGAGCCGACGAAUUUUCGCCACUUUCAACAACCCCAGACUCAAGUGCGUUUAUUUCCACUCCUCCCCUACACAUCCCUUUCAGACAAUUUACUAA